AUGGAAGAACUUCGUCGACAAUUUCAACGUGAAAAAGAAACUAUUUUGAAACAACUUGAUGAAGAAAAGUUAUUGAAUACAAAAUCAACAAAAUCAAAUCAGAAAUUUUCUAAUGAUAUUAGUGAUGUUACUGUUGAAUUAGAACGUUAUCGUACAAUAGUACAAGAUGUUGAAAAACAACAACGUUCAUUUGAUAAACAACGUGAUCAAAAUGAACGUGAAAUAAAUGAAAAAGAAACAGUACAUUUAAAUUUAUUACGAGAGCUUGAAGAAAGAAAUUUGGCAUAUGAAGAUUUAGAAAAACAUUUUAGACAAUUAAGAGCUGAAUUUGAUGAUAUGUUUCAAGAAAAGCAUAAUAUUGGAAAAAAUAUUUAUGAAUUAGAAAGAAUUAAACGUGCACUUGAGGCAACUGUCGAAGAACAAAAACAACAAAUCAUUGAAUUUGAAGAUGAAUUACAAACAGCUGAAGAUGCUCGUUUACGUUGUGAAGUCAAUAUUGGUGCUCUUAAACAACAAAUGGAAAAAUAUCAACAUGAAAACAAUGAACAAAUUGAAGAACAAGAAAGAAAAUCUAAACAACAAAUACUUCAACAACGUAAAAAACUUGAAAUUUAUCUUCAAGAUGCUCGUCAACAAAUCCAAACAGCUAAUAAACAAAAAGAAGAAGCAUUAUGUAAUACACGUCGAUUACAAAUUCAAGUUCGUGUAGUAAUAUGUGCAAUGAAAGAAAUUAAAGUCAUUCGUAAUGAAGCUUUGGUUAAUGCUGAAAAAUGA